GUUUAAUUUGAGAUUUCGCUACAAUGAAACGUUUGCUGCUGAUCAGCUUGUCUUGCUCAAGUAUUGUCUGGGCCAAAUCAGCUAUUGAUAUUGCUAAAGAUGUUGAGCAAUUUGCUGAAACUACGCAGCGCUUGAUAAUGCAAAACAAUCUUGACUAUGCUAUGGAAUUUGCUCAAACCAUGCUUCACUGUAAAGUUGGUAAUGAAAAGCUACAGAAUACGCUGAAGUAUUGGCUCGACUGGCGCUAUGCGAGAAACAGGAGCUUAACUGGCAAUGAAAUAGAAUUAGUAACUAACAAUUUGGUAAAUAGCGUUGAAUACGAUAAAUUGCAUAGCGAGUGUACAAAUGAUUCCAUUUUAAGACUGUGGGAUAGCAAAGUAAAAAAGAAAAAUACAUACUUGGAGGCAUUUAAAGCUUAUGCUAAAAAUAAUAAGUCGCAACUAAGUGGAUCCACUAAUAAGAGAAGCGAACAAGGAUCGCAUACUCUUAAAUGA